AUGAUUUAGAUCAAGACUGUACUCGUACAGGAUCAUGUCUAUAGUAGUUACUUACACUUUGCUUCAGCAAAUGUAGGCAACCAACCAAGCUAGAAUGAUUCAGCAUGCACUCUGGUCUAUAAUUAGGAAUAUGAAUCCAUUCUAUUUCAUGGAAUGCGAUUCGCGAUGCCCAUCCAUAUUCGUAGUGUUCUAGUAUUCUUUAUGGGUAUUAGAACCUUCAAAUAUGUGAAGACUUGA